UUUACAGACGAUUGUGAUCUGUCCAUUUUUAAGUUGGUUUUUUCAUUUGGCAUAAGUAGAAUACUAAUUCGAUAAUUUUGUGAGUGAGUCUCAUGGUUUUUGUUGACCCACGUCCACGUAGACGCAUUGAAAAUCGUUGACAUUUAGAAGAAACUCUUGUGUGGUGUAAUUAACAAUAAGUGUGUAAAAAUUUUGUUGCUGCUACCUGGACACGGUGUCAAUAAACUCUGAUCUGAGGUGCGCCUUGCAUAAACAGAUUUGUGAAAGUGAAAAUUAAUAACCGACGAGGUCCUAAUGGUUUGGUGCAGCUGAACUUGAAAUGCACACUUCCCAGCUUUAAGUAAAUCGAAUCGGCAACGUGAAUGCUGCUUCUAUUGGUGAUUUGUAAUAAGUCACCUCCACCCAAAAAUAGGGAAAUGUCCUCCAUUAUUCACAGUCCGUCCGUGGGGAUAAGCUGAUCCCCCAUAAAUAAGGCCGUAAUGGCCGCAGACAUGAGGUCUCCAAACGUUUCCGUGACUCCCAUAAACAUGGAGCCGUAUCCCCCGCCUCCACUUUCGAACGGCACGGUGUCCGUUAGCACCAACACCGACCACCACAACCACCACCAUCACCACCAUCUUCAACAGCAGCAGCAACAGCAACGUCCUCGCUCGACAACCGCCAUCGUCACCAACGGUCUGAUGUCCUCGGACCUCCUGGACACCAGCUCUGUCGACGCCGAAGUCGCCCAGAUCCAGUUCCAGAGCGAACAAGUGAACAUGCGCAGCAAAAAGAACAAACGACCCGAGGCGGAGAUGGCGCCCCGGCCGAUGAGUUGGGAGGGUGAACUGUCCGACGGAGGCGGUGGUGGCAGUGGCACCGUCCACGACCGGGACAUGUGCAUCGACGAAGAGACACAGACACAAAUUCCCGAAAACUUGUCCCUCUCGCAAUCGAAACAAUGCUCGACGACCACAAUCAGCAUCGACUCGAAGGAGAGUCCGAUUCUGCGACUGAAACAGCCUCCCAUGGGCAGCUACUCGCUGCACAGCACACCAAGCAACUCGCCCUUGCUCAGUCAACGUCAUCCGGUUACCGGGGUGCCGAUGAUGGGCCACAAGGAUCUCGUGCACAAGGCGCUGAACGUGCCGCCGACGCCCAGUCCCGAUUCAGCCAUACACUCUGCCUAUAGUGUGUUCAGCUCGCCCAAUCAAAGUCCGCUGACGCAACGCCAUGUGACGCUGACACCGAAUUUAAGUAGGAACAACAGCGACGCCUCGCAUUCCAGCUGCUGCAGCUAUUCCAGCGUCUCGGUGUCCGUGUCGCCGACGCAGCAGUUCUCACCCACUCACAGCCCCAUACAGGGGCGUCACAUGCACAACAUCCAUAAUAGCCCAUUGCACCACAAUAUCCUGUACCGCAGCCUCCAAGAAGACCCGACGCUCCAAUAUGCGGGUGAACACGACGCCCUGGACCCGGACGAAGAUAAAUCGGGACUCAUGCACACAUCCUUGCCCGCCGCCCCGGGCAUAUCGCGGCAGCAGCUCAUCAACAGUCCGUGUCCUAUAUGCGGCGACAAAAUAUCCGGCUUCCACUACGGCAUCUUCAGCUGCGAGUCGUGCAAAGGCUUCUUCAAACGAACGGUGCAGAAUCGGAAGAACUACGUGUGCCUACGUGGCGCCCAAUGUCCAGUCACCGUGGCCACGAGGAAGAAGUGCCCAGCGUGCAGAUUCGAGAAGUGUUUGCAAUGCGGGAUGAAGCUGGAAGCCAUUCGAGAGGACAGGACUAGAGGAGGUCGUUCCACGUACCAGUGUUCGUAUUCUCUGCCUCCAUCAAUGACCAAUCAUCUGGAGCUUAGAUCGAGCACCAGCGAUUUAAGACACGACACACAUUCAGGGCUGACCGUGAAACUGGAACCGCCAGAUUCGUCAGUUCCACACCACAAAAGAGUAACACUGCCAGGGUCGAAAGGUGUCCCACCAUUAUUGCAGGAAAUAAUGGAUGUGGAGCACUUGUGGCACUACAACGAAAUGGAACUGAAUAAGCUCAACACAGAGGGUCAUUUGGGGAAGGAAGGUGGUAGUGGUGCAGUGCACAACCUCUCCACUCAUCCACUGCUGGCUGGUACAGCACUGGCUGGAUCCACGGACACCAAUCCUGAUUUCGUUGCUAAUUUAUGCAACAUUGCCGAUCACAGGCUCUACAAGAUCGUGAAGUGGUGUAAGAGUUUACCACUGUUUAAAAACAUAUCCAUUGACGAUCAAAUUUGCUUGUUGAUUAAUUCUUGGUGUGAGUUGUUGCUGUUCUCCUGUUGUUUUCGGUCAAUGUCGACUCCAGGGGAGAUUCGAGUGUCAUUGGGAAAAAGUAUUAACCUUCAACAAGCUCGUGAGAUGGGCAUGCAGGCAUGCAUUGAGAGAAUGUUGAACUUCACUGAACAGCUUAGGCGACUUCGGGUUGAUCAGUAUGAAUACGUCGCCAUGAAGGUCAUAGUUCUCUUGACCUCAGAUACGUCCGAAUUAAAGGAGGCCGAAAAAGUGAGAGCAUCACAAGAGAAAGCCUUAAAAGCAUUACAAGACUAUACGCUAUCACAUUAUCCAGAAAGUCCUGCCAAAUUUGGCGAACUUUUACUACGAAUUCCUGAAUUACAACGAACUUGCCAGGUCGGUAAAGAAAUGCUGACAAUAAAAUCAAAAGACGGAGACGGACCCAGUUUCAAUCUUUUGAUGGAGCUGCUCAGGGGAAACCAUUGAAGAUCCAGCUUAAACACAUACUAAGAGAAACAUACACACGUGCCUUAUUAGCUUACGUGGUGGUGGGCCGCUCACAUACACAAUCACAGUUUUAAGAUACAGGACAGUAUUUCGAAUUAUUCAUCUGAAUGAAUCUUAUAUAACUGUAGUACUUGCCAGAAAUGUUUCCGUUUGCAUCAUUUGUUAAGUAGGAAAAGUAAAUUUAAAUGUAUCCGUGCUUUCCUAACAUAUUUAUUAAAUGUAAGAAUCUGUAAGAGAAUCUCAAAAAAAUGUAUGUAUAUUUUGAUUGACCUCGCAAAAUUAUUUCAAGUACUACAGGGAAAGUCCAUUCUCUAUAUUUUUAGCUUUAAGUGAAACUUAACGUACUUACGACAUUACAGUGUUCAUAAAUCCCAGUAAAUCGUACCACACCAAUGGUGAUUGUGUGGUAAAUUCGGCUUAGUUUUAGGUAGACUUUUGUCGAAAAUCUGUAUAUAGAAUUUUAAGUUAAGUUUCUAUUUUGAUAUUUUUAUAUAAUAUACAAGGCUACGUUUAUAUAUUAGCCACAACGUUGAUGUUAUGUUGGGGUGAUUUAUUAGUGGAAACGAAUUUAAAAAAAUGCACAUUGUCGCAGCUAUUAUGUAAUUGUAUCAAUAAAGCUGAUUCAAUCCUUGUGUUAUACUCUGCUAAUUGUCGAACUCCACUGACGACAAUAAAUCACUUUGUUUACAGGGUUAUUGCAAAUAUCUAGUUAACAUCAAAAAAAUAAUGAAAAUAUUUUUACAUUUGCUUACUGUGUAUAUAAUUUGAACUCUUAUUUAUAAAAUCCCCGUACGAAUCUGUUAACUAAAAAAUUAUUUGAAAUCACCCUGAAUUUACUGUUUAGGUAGUUAAGUAUGUAAUACAACGCUCAACUGAAAGACUUGUAUCAAAUACAAGCAUAGAGCAUAAACUUUGCAAUCAGUUUAAAAGAGGUCACAUGUAAUGUCACAUUGUUCACUACAUUUUUAAGAUCAUACUAGUCCUAGUUUGAAUGAAAUGUUUACAUGUUAAAGAAAAUUAAGCCAGAACAAUGCGGUUGUUAAUUUUCUGUCGAAUGCUCUGAUUUCAGUUUUCAUUCCAAUAUUUAGUAGUGGUUGAUUUUGUUUUGUGACUAUUUCCGUAGUUAUAAACUACAAGCUAAUGUUAUACGAAUAUGUGACUAUUGUUCUAAAUAGUUGCCGGACAUUUAUUUAUUCAAUAUUUUUAUGUAAAAUCAAAACUUUAUUUUUAUAUUGUGCCAAUAUUUUGAUACGCGAUUUUCUAAAUUAAUUGUUGCAUAUAUUCGUUUUCAAUUUAAUCUUUUUAAAAAAUCCCAGAACAAGUCAAUAUUUAAUGUAAUAUUUAAUUUUGUUGCUUCUUCCGUCGCCAUCUCUCCAAGUAAAAAUAUCGAAAGUACUUAAAAUAUUGCAUUACUUGGUUGAUUUGACUGUGUUGUAUGUUUUAACAUCAGGAUUGAUUUGUUCCUAAAUUUCAUUGAAUUGUUAAUUGCUUUAAAAUUGAAUUGAAUUCUGUUACUUAUUUUAUGAAAAUGUAAAUGACAAAAGGUAUUUUAAUUAAUCACUACAUCUCAUUCAGUUAGUACUAAAUUAUUUUUCAGUGCAAUAUACCUCCAUCUACUUAAUUUUUUUAAACCACAUGAUAUUAUUGUUUUAUUUUAUCACUUAACUGAAUCUGAUGUUGAUAACAGUGUUUAAAAUGCCAGAAUAUUAAAUAUAAAAAAAUCAGAUAAGACUUUGGGGAGGCCUUCCAAGGCUGCAUACAAUGCAGUAUUAGCCCUAAUGAUACUUUUUGUACUCACAUUUUAUUAGCAAUUAUACAAAAGAACUUUUUGUAUUGACAAAAUAUAUAAUAUACAAUUUU